GUCGUCGCGAACGGUUGGACUAUUUUCCGGUGACAAUAUCCGGCUCCGGGAGCGUAUCGUGUUGAUGGUGCUGAGCACAGCCAUCAGGUGUAGAAUUGGAAAGGUGAGUUUCGGGGAGAUUGGGAGCAAAUAUUCCGUGAGUGUGCUGGAGCUGGAAGCGUUGUUUGUACUUGUGCUUCAAGAAGCAAGCCUGUAACCUAGUUUCGAGUGGUGUUGGUGAGUGUUUUUCUUUCCUGCUGAGAGGCUGCCAGUAGAAUCAUUAUCGUCAUCGGCAAUGACAUCUGUUGUCAUUGUAGUGCCAUGUUGUUAGUAAUGUCAUACGCUGGUAUUUCGUCUUCGAAGAAUUCGUGAGAGACUUGUGAUGAAGUUGAUGGCCGGAACGAAGUUCGCGAGUGAGCAUGGAGAGGAACAAACAUAAAUAAUUUACACUAGAAUAAAAAUUCGUGGCAAGCUUAUCUCGCCCGUAUUGUCUCGAGCUGCUGCGCGUUUCAUUGGUUGUGCGUGAUUCUUUCGUGAUGGUGGUCGCCAAUAAUAUUUGCGACAAACAACAAACGAAUCAGUGAAGAAAAUGGGAUUACAAUAUUCUGUUUCGUGAAAGGUGUACACGGGAUUAUUCGACGGAGAUUUUGCCACCCUUGGAAGCAGCUGUGAUACACCACUAACCUAGAUCCUUGACCAAGGGUUAACGGAUACAUUGACGCAAGCUGAUAACAGUCCGAACGAGUGAGAGAGCGAGAAAGAGAGUGCAGAAGCAAAAGUGUGCAUCGGGCAAAAAUCGAAACACGGUGACAGUGAAAUGUGAAGUUUGUAAAUUACAAUUGUGUCAGCGGGAAAAGCAAUAAAUAUCUUUCAGUAGUUCGGAAAAUCGCAAACGAUACAAAAAUAUCGAUUUUCAUACACGCGUUGUCGAAGCUAUCAGUGAUAGAGCCGGAAGUGCGGGGAGUGGAGCAAUGGAGCAUGCAGCAAUCCGUGUGAACCUCGCAAGAAUUACGGGCAUAGUCACCAGAAGAGAACAAAAAUCGUGUGUAGUGGCGUAAACGAAGAGAAAACACAACCCGGACCUGCAAGAGGUAUUGAUUCCGCUUCGCUUGAGUGAUCUAAGGUGUGUAUCUCUCGCUCUCUCUCGCUCUGGAAAGGUGCGUGUACGUGAAUCGUUCUGUGUCGCACAGAAGGAGAAGAAAGUUUAAUUUUCCAAUAUCGAGCCCAUCGGAAGGACGACAAUGGCGGCGAAAGUGUGAGUGCUUUUAUGUUUUCCAUCGUCUCGAUAAUAGUGUGAAAAAUCCAAUAGCAGCAGCAGCAGUUUCAAGACCACGUAUCCGCGGGACGCGUAGAGGAGGAGCAGGAGAGGGAGGCAGCUGUCACGUUGGCUGCCAGUGUGGCAUGUGAAACAGUAUAUUGAGUGAGUGAAUGAGAAAGGAGGAAAAUCGUUUAAGUGGAUUUAUUAUGAUUUGAAUAGAAGAUUAUCAAAGUGAAACGAUAUAAAAGAUGAAUAUGAAAGCAAUACACUGUUCGCUGGUGGCAGCGUUGGCGUUAAAGCUGGCCGGACUUUGCUUCGGCUGUAAAAUAUCGGAAUAUCCGUGCAAAGGCGGAGCGUUCUGUGUGCCACUGGACAAGUACUGCGACGGCAAGGAUGAUUGUGGUGAUGGCAGUGAUGAGCCCAAGAUGUGUACAGUUUGCAACCGGACAUAUUACGGGGAUAUUGGAAGGACGUAUUCACUGACGGUGCCUCCACCGCAGUGGAAUCGGCUGCCAUUUCUGUGUCAUCUGACGUUCACUGCGUCAGGCAAUGAGCAGGGCGAUAUCGUACAGAUCAUCUUCGACAGGUUCACUGUCGGUCGUUUCGACGGUGGUCUAAUCGAUCCUGACAUGGAUUCCAGCGAUGCCAGUUUAACUAGCGGCGGAGAUCUUCCCGGCUGUCCGGAGGGGUUUAUGCAGCUCAGCGAACUGGGUCGGCCCUUCACUGGUGGUUCCUGGUGUGGCAAAGCAUCCGGCCAUCAGCUCUACUAUAGCGAAACGGCAACUGUGACAGCAUCUGUCAAGGUUUUCCAUGCACCGAUGCAGGCCGGAACGCCGUUCGAGUUUCGCAUCCGGUACAAAUUCAUAAGUCAAUCAGAUGCUAUUGUCAGGUAUGGUGCCCCGAAUGAGUUGCUGGAGUUGGGCCGUGUCACACCGGGAACCUACUGCACCCGACAGUACGACGAGUGCUAUCGGAAAAAAUGCCGGCUACAGAGUCCGAACUAUCCGGGAAUGUAUCCGCGGAACGUGACCUGCUAUUGGACCAUCCGCCAGAAGGUGGUGCCGACCUGCAAGCAUGCAAUGGUCGCCAUCAGCCAGGAGAACGAGCAUAAGGCUUUAGUUAAAAGGUCAAUUGCCAGUCUAAACAAGACGUCCCGGGCGGUCCGGGCGUGGUCCGAUUGCACAGGAGAACGUGACCAUCUGAUAUUCUACGAUGGCAGCAGUACGAACGACCCGGUUCUGGCCAAAUAUUGCGGAGGUGAUUGGCUGCCAAAGGUGGUUUCAAGGGGUCCCGAGAUGCUGAUUGCGUUCCACUCCAGCCCAUUUUCCGCGCCGCUGCAGUCGGGCCAAUCGAACCGUGGCUUCGAGCUGGAUGUUGACAUUCUGUUCGUCGAUUCCGAUUCGUACGACUUUGCCCAGGGCAGCAAAUGCGAGUUCCACAUCAAUGCAUCCAAUCCAGAUGAGGUUCUCUACUCGCGCCGGGGACGAAUUGGACACAUGCUCAGUCCCCGUCAUACACUGCCACCGAACACCACCUGUACGUAUUACUUCCACGGGAUGCCGACGGAUUUGGUAUGGAUUUCGUUCACCAACUACCAUCUGCAGAUUUUGCAACAGAGCGGGUCUGGAGACAACUCGACGCUGGGGAAGAGCGAAACAUCUCACCCCUGGAUAACCCGACUCCGCAUUUGGGACAGUGUGGGGACCCACGUUCCACUGAAAACGACCUCACCCUCGUCCAUUAUCACGUCGGCUGCCGCGUCUUCACCGUUGUCGUCUUCUGCUGGAACUUCGUAUGGUACCGGCGGUCCAACGGGUGUGACUUCCGCUCUGUAUGCCAGCACGACCACCACCAGCAGCAGUACAACGGUGCUGUAUCAGCAGAUGAUGAACCGCACGGUUGGUACCUACUAUGGUACAGCAAAUCAGCAUGGUAAAAGUUUGAAGAUCAACGUCGACAACGUUUGGAAUCCGGUAGAUCAGUACAUAUAUGGGCCGACCGUGAACAGUAUAUUUAACCAGCCGCCACAGCCCCAACAGGCGCAGCACCAGAGUGGUAUCAUGGGUGACAAGGGAUUAGUGUUCGGCGCGGGCAUCGGUCUGCAGGAGAAGAUGCCCAAAUACUCUUCCGGUAGUGGGAAGGGAUCCAAAGAGAGUUCCCGAUAUAGCAAAGAUGGUCCCAACGAGUUGGUUAAAGAGCACGGAGUAAGCUCUGGGCGUCGUGAGAAGUCCGGUAGAAAUAGCCGCCGGUUGUUGGCGGAGUUCUACGACAACGAGGCGCCCAAGCUGUGCGAUCAUGUCUCGCUGGAGACAAAGGAUAACCGGAUGAGGCCAUGUACUCCGCUGGAAAGCUAUGUCAGUACCGGAAGUGAUUUGAAAAUUGAGUUCCACACCAUGGUGGGAACAUCGCUGUUCCCGUCCAGCUUCGGCAUCAAAUACGAAUACAUUGAUACGGAGCUGGGUGGCGAACCGUACCUCGGUCAAAAGGGAGAGGAAGUUCCGCUGCUCUGUUCACGGGUGUUCCGCAAAAGCAAUGGUGAUUUCCAAUCGCCUCGCAACGUGUUUCUGCAUGGUCGGGGAGGAGCAAAGAACAUCUCCUGUCUCUACCGGUUUGAAGCUUCCGUCGGGGAAAGGGUGCGUAUCCAGCUGUAUAACGUAUCCUUCGGGGAGUCGGCUACGUGUGUCACUGAAUCUGAUGGACACACGGGUCGGGCUCGAUGUGUUCCUUCUGAAAGCGAUCCCGAAGGUAGAGUCGGCGAGCUGCGGAUCUUCGAUGUACCCUACAAAGACGUGAAGAUACCACUCGGAUGCUUCUGUGACAAUACCAGUACCUACAACUCUCCCCUUACAUUCAUUUCAAACUCGCGCACGCUAGAAUUGACCUUCGUUGUGACCCGACUGAACAUCUCGGAGGAUUUUGCCGACGUGUACUUUCACGCUUCGUACGAUUUCCUGAUUACGAAGGAGUGCAGAAAGCGACUUAAGUUACGAGGUUCCGGUGGUGAAGAUAGCGUUAGCUAUCCGUUAAAAUCGCACGAAGCAAGCUGCGAUGGACUACCGUGGUAUAUCGAAGCCCAGCAGCAGGAUCGUAGCUUGUUCGUACGAACCUGGGGAAGCUACCUUUCCGUAGAGCCCACACAGGAAGACUUCUCUAAAUGCCACACCCGAAACCGAUUAAUUGUGUACAGUGGGAAGCCACUGAAGGUAAUGCGAGUCAUCUGCCCGUCGUCUCCGUCCAGCCGGUCUGCCGCGUUACACAUUUUCUCGGAGGAUUGGCUGAGUGGUCAGCCCUUCCUUAGUACGGAUAGACCCGUCAGCAUGGUGUUGGAGCCAAUCCACAAAGAGUCGGGCAGCAUUGCCUUCUCCUGGUUGGAGAUUCAACGCACCAAAGCCUCGCUUAUUCAGCAGCUAGAUUUGCAAACGAACUUCACUGCCAAUGACACCCUAGUAGAAUUUGGUCUCUACCCAAGAGAAUCCGAGUGCGAACAUCGCUGCCCCGAGCUGGAUGCCUGCAUCGGUAGCACUCUGUGGUGCGAUGGUCGACCCAACUGCCCGUCCGGGCACGACGAGAGCGAACAGGUGUGCGGCAGCCGACUGAUGGAGCUGCCGAGUGGAGUGUUCGCUGCGCUCGGCAUCCUUGCCGCCGCCCUGUCCGCCUGUCUCAUCUUCUGCGUGUUGGCGAUGGUGAAAAAACGCCGAAAGACCAGUGAGAAGCUGAAGACGGCACCGCCCUCGCUCAACGGAACCCUCACCAAGAAGGACUACAAGAAGGAGCCGCUGUUCUUCGAUCCGGACUCCUGACACGGACUGCAACCGGUCGAAUACAUCCACGUGGACCGGGAGACGACCGUGUGACAUGUUGUCUACGUCGACAUGGACGAUCUGGCAUACUGCUGAACGUCAACCAAAGGUAAUGAAUGACCUUCUUCUUCUGCGCUGGUUUCCCCCAGGAAUUUUCGCCAAAAAUUCACAAAGACACACACACGUACAUACUUACAUACGAACACAUACAUACACGCAUAUAUAAACGGACAUACCAAAUUUACGAGGGAACGAUGACACAAACAAGAUGGACAAAACUACCCUUGAGAGACGCCGAAAGCAAAAUUGAAAAUAAUUCAGACCCCAUUUCGACGAAGCCAAUAAAAGAGAGAGGGAGGAGAACGAAGCAUAGAACAAACAAAAAAAAACACAGUAUACAGCCAUAAAAGCUGAGAUCUUUCAAAACCAAGUGAAACUUGAUAGAACAAAGUAAUAUAGAGAUCUUUUUAAGCGUUUGUAAGAUUUUUAUUCUACAAAAGUCUUGUCAACUUGUCAACCUUAGUUUUCUAUUACGAUCUUUUUUCGAUUGGCCCAGAGGGCUCGUUGAUUCGACACGGAAGAGUAAAUUAUAGCAAACAAAAAAAAACAUAGAAUUGUACGGCGACGCCUUGCUGCUCAGCCGCCGCUCCGGAUGGUGGAUGGCGGCUGUCAGGGCCCAAUCCCAAAAAAAAAAAAAAAUAAAGGAGAUAAGCCGUAGUUAUGUGUAGAGUCGCCACUUGAAUUAAGCGAUAGCAUCCUAAGGCAAACAAUAUGGGGCAGAAGGGAAGUAAACAAACAAACAAAAAAAAACUAGCCAAAUAUUUUUUUAAGAGAAACGUUACUCACUGAGAAAAACAAAAAUAAAACUACUAUAGCAGAAAGGGAAAAUGUAACCAAGAGGAAAAAUGAAACAAAACAAUUACUAAACUUCUUCUACUAUAAGCUGUUAUCGACACGGAAUGUCACAAAAAACUGUGACAUGAUACACUGAAAGAAAACAAACCAAAUUACUAGAAUAGAUUUUCUGUUGAUCGGUUCGAUACCGAAACCUUGGUUUGUGUUACCUGUAGAUUGUUGCGAGGAUUGGAUUCGUGGUGAAACCUGGUGGAUUUAUUGUUUUUUUCCUAUAUGUUGCAUUUUUCAGUAAUUUUCUCUUAACUUCGUGCAAUUUGUGGCAUUCAAACUGAUCCGGAACCAUAACUGAUUUUUUUUCGAAAUGGAAACAGAACGAACCCUGUACACUUUUGAAGAUGGGAACCGAGAAACAUUAACAUGGUUUGAGUUUUGGAAAUGUUCAUUUGUAGUGAGUAUGAUUUCCUCUGGUGCUUUGCUCGGUUUUAUUACGAUGAUUUCAAUUUAGAGGAAAAUGGAGCUGAACUUCUUUGUAUCAAUCGUUAUUGAUUGAUGUCCACAAGUUGGAGAUAGAAUCUUUUGGGAUACUUCAUCUAUUCCCUUCUCAUCGAAAUGCAAUGUAUGGUGCAUGGCACAAAUACAGACAGCACGAUGCUGUGUUUGAAAAAAAAAAUAAAAUCAUUGAACCAUCGCAAUUCUGUGUUCGAUCCAUAAGUUUUUAUGCGGAAUCGAGACUGAGGAUUGACACUGAUAAGAAACGCAGGGUAAAGCGGCCCAUAGACGUUCAAUAUUAUGGCGCUAAGAAAUUGGAAGAAGAAAAGUUGGAAUUGGAAAAGGAAGAAAGAAAUUGGAUUCAAAAAACAGUGUCCACUCCGUCUCGAUAUUAUUGGAUGAACGCCGUUGAGCUUAGGCUUGGGUAAACUGUACACUUCGUAGAAGCUCUCCGUGACUGACCUGAACCAGCGAAAUUGCACAAAGAACACACCGAAUGACGCUUGGGAGUAGCGAAUCAUUCUCAUUGUGCAAAUUUCGGUGAAUCGACCUUAAAUAGUCAAUUAACGAAGACGGUCAGGUCCUUACAGUCACCAGGAGAAGAGAAGGAAUGCUAGUAUGAUGUUCGCCGUCCGAAGGCCAGAAGGGUCACCUCUAUAGCGUGGUUCUCUAGCGAUUAUCAAGGAAGGGAUAGUUGUCAGAAGGAGGAGGUCGAUUCACCUUUGGUGAGUGAUGUGAUUAUGAGUUUAUCCAUUACUUUCUUUGCAUAAUAACCAUGGAUAACAGCCAUCCUCCUUGUGGAGUUUUGAACCCUAUGCUCUGGUUCUCAAUAGUUUCAGGUUCUUUUUCGGACAUGCUACUAUAGAGAUCCGUCAUUCGCAGGUGGUAGUUAUUAUUGGAUGAACGCCGUUGGAGAUGAAUGUGGACCAAGGCAAAGUCCAUGAUGCUCAAAAGUUGAAUGACUUUUUAGGUGCGUCAAAAAGCUACCGUUGUUUGUCAUUGUAGACGUCUCUAGAAGUAAAUACUGGUCGACAUUGACAUACGGCCGUGACUGAUUCUCCGCGUAUAAGCAUAACAAACACCUUCGAAGACGCUGAACUGGAGGCGUGGCUCGUUAAGGAUCAGGACCAAACGCAAGAAAACCUUGCUCCAUGAUUAGUAGUUACCCGCCAAGCCAUUUUCAAGCGACUGCUUGGUAUCGUUUGGGAUUGGCCAAUUAAAAGGGAGGUUUGAUGAUCGUAGAUAACUGACGGAUAGCCAUUGCCAUCCCUUCAAUAUUAUUCUAUUCGUUUCAUUAAGGAAUUCGGAAUGUGAAUUUUAGGAAUUCGGAUAAGCGGAAAUUUUAGAAUCAAGUUACUUUAAUUUAGAAAAUUAAUUGUGAAUCUAAUUCAAUUGUUUUGUAGUGACAGCAGAAGCAACAUUGGAUUUGUGUCUCGGCUUCUCACGGACUUCAGAAGUUGUCCCUUGUGGCAUCAUUGUUUUUUUUUUCCUUUAUUUAUUUAAUAAGGCUCAAGUGGAUAAAGAGCCAUCAUCAAGCAGUACAUUUUUAAACUAUUUGAAUAUAUUAGAACUACAUAAUCAUUAACUUAAGUCUAAUUAGCCAAAACUACAGAACAAUAUAAAAAUAUAUAAUUUAUUCCAUCGUUGCCUCGUCGGUAUUAUCCUUGUCUGGAACAGUGCCUGUGGUGGGUCGUAACAACUACAUCGCCAGAUGAUGUAGCAACGGUAUCCAAAAACUACCAAAGUGAGUGCCUCCUUGUUAUGUUAAUAGCUCCUGUAAUGAUCUUAUCUCAACGGGUACUAAGUUCUGAUUGUGUAAUAGGAAAGGAAGGGAGAAUGGACAGUGGGAGUAGGAAAUGGGACCUAAAUAAUAACAUUAGCGCUUCUUAGGAAGACAUAUAUGGGGAACAUAAAAUUAGGGUCGCGAGUAGCUAAGAUAUCGCGAACUGGCAUGCGUGAGUGUACUCCUUGAGCCUCUAAAUCGGCAACCAGUUUAAUUCUUUCAUUGCAAAAUUCAUUACAUGACCAAACAACGUGCUCGAUGUCAUGAUAUCCUUGACCACAAUUGCAUAAAUUGUUAGUAGCAAGACCUAUGCGGAAGAGAUGCGCAUUUAGCGCGGAAUGAUUGGACAUCAAUAUGGACAUAGUUCUAAUAAAAUUUCUGUCAAGAUCUAAUCUUUUCAACCAGGCCUUCGUUGAAACUUUGGGGAUAAUAGAGUAUAGCCAUCUCCCAAGCUCAUCUCUGUUCCAUUGGUUUUGCCAACUGGUGAGUGACUGCUGUCGGGAAAUGGAGAAGACUUCCCGAUACGCUAUUUGUCUUUCAAAAACUGUGCCCUGCAUACUACCCACCUUUGCGAGUGUAUCCGCUUUCUCAUUACCAGGAAUAGAGCAAUGGGACGGAAUCCAAAUGAAAGUAAUUCGAAUACUUUUAUCAACAAGAAAAUUCAAUGAAUCCCUAAUUUUGAUAAGAAAAUAUGAUGCUUUCGUCUGUUGUUUCAAGGAUUGAAUGGCUUGUAUACUGCUAAGACUAUCCGAGAAAAUAAAAUAGUGAUCAGGUGGUAAGGACUCAAUGGUCUUAAUCGCAUGAUAUAUUGCAGUCAGUUCGGCAACAUACACUGAACAAGGCUCUUCAAGUUUAUGGAAGCAAGUGAGAUGUUCGUUAAAGAUACCAAAACCAGUAGAUCCGUUAAUUCAUGAACCAUCGGUGAAAAUCAUUCUUGGAGAAUUGAUAUGGUUAUAUUUUUAAGCGAAAAUAUUAGGGACUAGCUGACCCGGCAAAUUUCGUCCCGCCCAAACUUUGUUUUUGGUUAUCAAUACCUUCAGACAUUCACGUUUUCUUACUAUGAGCAAGUUCAUGGGUCCAAUCGCAAAAUUGUUCAUUGAUUGAUCUUCUAAUCGACCCCGUUGAAUUUUGUAUGGCAGCUCCCCCUUAGAGAGGGGGGUGGAGUGUUAAACCACCGCAAAAACAUUUGUUGCACCCUAAAUCCUCCACAUGCAAAAUUUGGUUCCAUUUGCUUGAUUAAUUCUCGAGUUAUGCAGAAAUUUGAGUUUCAUUUGUAUGGUAGCUCUCCCUUAUAGAAGGGGGUGGAGUGUCUAACCACAGUGGAAACAUUUAGUACACCCUAAAACCUCCAUAUGCCUAAUUUGGUUUCAUUAGCUUGAUUAAUUCUCGAGUAAUGCAGAAAUUUGUGUUUUAUUUUAUGGCAGCCCCAUGUAGAUAGGGGGAUGGAGAGUUUAACCAUCAUAGAAACAUUUAUUGCACCCUAAAACCUCCAUAUGCCUAAUUUGGUUUCAUUUGUUAGAUUAAUUCUCAAGUAAUGCAGAAAUUUGUGUUUCAUUUGUAUGGCAGACCAAAAAAUAAUGUGAGACAGCAUGAUAAUGUGAGACGCUAACCACUCGGCCACGGGUGCACUACUUGCACUGUGGUCAUGCGUAUUCUAGAGCUUGUCAGUCAAGAAUACAUUCAAGGCGUGUUAUAAGGCAUAGAAAUCUGAAAAAAGUACUACUAAUAAAAAUGACUCAAGUAAUACUUACGUGGAGAAGGCAAAUGUUCCACUGGGAACUUUAGUGCCAUCCAAGAACAAGAAGAUAAAGAUAAAAAGCGUUCAAUAAUCUUUCGAGACCAUUUCAUGAAGAAUUUUAUGAAUGCAUUAUACGAAACAUGUUAAAUAAUGUCGACAAAAUAUUACGAAAUCCGAUUCGGAACCAAUUUAUUGAUUUGUUAUUAUUUUUGAAUAAAACUUUUUUUUUUUUUUUUUCAUUAACCAACCAA